UGGCGACGUCCUGCUCGUUUCCUACGUCGUAGAAUGGAACGACAAAGGAAGUUAGCUGCACUGAAGCUGCUGCUCAUUCUAAAGAGAAGGCGGGCUUUCUCGAGAAAGUACUGGGUGCGGCCGACAUGGACAAAGCGAUCGGACGAGAGCGAGUUUUUCACGGCGAUGAAACUCAUGAAGAACGGCGAUGAAUCGCUUUUCUACAUGUUCUACAGAAUGUCACCGGAGACUUUCGACAUGCUGCACAGCUUGGUGCGGGAGGAUCUUACGAAGGAGCAAUGCCCCUCGAGGGCGCCCAUUUCUUCUGGAGAGCGCCUCGCGCUGACGUUGCGGUUUCUGUCAUCUGGUAUGCUGGUGAGGGACGCAGCCAUGGCAUUCCGUGUGGGUAUCGAGACGGCACGAAAUGUGAUCCGUGAAACCUGCAGUGUGCUGUGGAAGGUUUUGGUCCCUCUAUACAUGAAGACACCAACAGAAGAAGAGUGGCGAGAAAUCGCCACUGGGUUUUCAAACCGUUGGCAGUUCCCGAAUUGCCUUGGAGCAGUCGACGGCAAGCAUGUGCAGCUGAAAUGUCCACGUAAUGCUGGAAGUAUGUACUUCAAUUACAAGGGAACCCAUUCCAUUGUAUUGAUGGCUGUGGUUGACAGCCAGUACCUUUUCCGGCUAGUUGAUGUGGGUGCACCUGGGAGGUUCAGUGAUGGGGGAAUUUUCAAAGAUUCCCUUAUCGGCAAGCGAAUGCAUGAGGGCAAGCUUAAUCUACCACGAGCAGCCACGCUCCCAAGGUCGGAAAGAGUUUGUCCUCAUGUGUUUGUUGGCGAUGAGGCCUUCCAGCUGCGCCCAGAUUUCAUGAGGCCACUGCCAGGGAGCCGGACUGCACCUGAGGAGGUGAUCUUCAACUACCGCCUCAGUCGUGCAAGACGCUGCGUGGAAAAUGCCUUCGGCAUUCUUGUAUCUCGCUGGCGGAUAUACGAGAGGCAGAUCAACUUGGAGCCCAAAAAUGCAGACAUCAUUGUGAAGGCGACAUGCGUGCUGCACAACUUCCUUUCCUCAAAUGCUGCAUCUACGUACUGUCCUCCUGGCUACGCGGAUUUCCAAGACAUGUUUGGAACUGUGAGCAGUGGCACCUGGAGACAAGGACCAGAAAGCACUGCAGUGUUCGGUUUGGAGAAGUCAAAGGCCCAUAACUGUACUAGAGUGGCCAAUGCGGUGCGACAGGAGUUCCUGAAGUACUUCAAUGAUGAAGGCCAAGUGCCUUGGCAAUGGAAGCUGCCAGGAGUCGCCGCGCAACGUGAUGAUGCAAACAAACAAGCAACGAGUGGCUAACUCGAGCCAAUUCACCAUCGGACAACGCCAUCAAUACAAACAGCCCUUUUCAGGGCUACCCACUUGAUGCUUUGGCGGUGAGGCACCGAAAUUGCGAUAUCCUCCUCCAUAACCCCUCUUUACAAGUCAAUAUAUAUCAUGCUUUGUGUUGGACUGUGGGAGCAUUGGCUGCAGUUGCACCCAUAUUAGUUCAUGCAAGCUUGUUUAGGAGGAUUGAAGUGCACAGCUACAAGGCAAAACUUUAUUGCACGUUUCCUUCUGUAAUACCAUUGCUUUAACAACUGUGACAACUUUCUGAAAUGCACCAAGGAAGAUAUGCUCAACAUUGCAUAACGGCACACAGGAAUAAAAUAUUUGUACAAAUUCAGUUAUGAAUAUUACGACAGAAUUGAGUACUUCCACUCCUGCAACGUAUAGCGACAUAAAAAAAUAUCUGAACACAUUAAACAUCACAGGCUUCUUUAAAUGAACACAUCCGGCCACAUUUCGAUGGGGGCGAAAGGCGAGAACACCCAUGCGCUUAGAUUUAGGUUUUUAAAGAUUCCCAGGUGGUAGAAAUUUCUGGAGUCCCCCACUACGGCGUGCCUC